AUGUCUGUUGCCCCAACUGACGUGAUCACCGGCAUACUUAGUCGGCUUCCGGUGAAGAACCUCGUACGCUUCAAAUGUGUGUCAAAGCCGUGGAGUUCCCUCAUAGAUGGUUCUUAUCUUUCCAAUCUCCAGCUCCGUCGCUCCUUCACAAGCAACGCCAAUAUCAAGCUCCUUCUUGACAGUUAUGCAGAAGAUGAUGAAUAUAAAGCCUAUUCAGUCGACUUUGACUCACUAGACAACUUGGAGGAGCUACCUCGGCCGCUUUCAACUACAAGUUUCGGAGUUUCUUCCAGAAUUUUUAGUUCUUGCAAUGGUUUACUUGCGAUAUCCCAUGAUGAAGCAGGCAUUGCUUUGUGGAGUCCAUCAACGAAAGAAUGCCAUUAUCCCCCGAAAUUAACAAUUGGGGAUAUGUAUGAUGUAAUUAUUCUUGGAUUUGGUUACGAUGUCAUCAACAAUGACUAUAAGGUGGUGCGGAUGCUAUCAUCUGGGAAGUUAGUUAUGAUCUACAGCCUGAAAGCUAAAUCAUGGAAGAGGAUCAAGGACUGCCCUUAUGAAAUUACUUUCCAUGUGUCACAAGACGGUGCUUAUGCAAACGGUUCCGUGCAUUGGGUAGGCGUUGAAAACGACAAAGAUGAUGAUGCAAGAGUGAUCUUCGGUCUUGAUAUUGGGAUCGAGGAGUUUCAUCAACUCCCUGGGCCUGAAUCCGACAUUAGUUACAAAAACUUUGGUUAUAGGAGUGUUGGGAUAUUGGGAGGAAGCUUGUGUGUUUUCCGAGAUAUUUAUCACCAAGACAAUAUCGUUUUGUGGGUGAUGAAGGAAUAUGGAGUUAGGGAGUCGUGGACAGAAGAUUUUUAUGUAUCCCGUGAUGAAUGUUGGCAGUGGUGUAUGUAUUAUACCAGAGCUAUAUCAUAUUCUAGGAGGGGUGAUCGAGUAUUGCUAGACGACGGGGGGCGCCCACGUCAGCCUGCGUGGUUCAAUCUGGACAAACGAACAAGGGAGGUAGUUGAUAUUCCAGGAGCACCCAAACACUUCAAUGCAAUUAUUUUUGUGGAAAGCCUUGCUUCUGUUCUGCCAGGUAAUCAUUGA